AUGGCCAUCGGAACGCCAAAAUUCUCGCCGGUGCUCCUCCACCUCCUAACCCUCAUCCUACUCACCACACCUCCGCUCUCUUGCUCCUUCCCCAUCCCCACCACCUCCUUCCACGCCCUCUUUUCUCUGUCCGACUCUCUCCUCACCCGCGUCGCCAACCUACGCGCCUCCCGAGGUGACAUUUCCGGGUCACUAAGGGCCAGAUCCAUAGCCCAGAAGAUCGAGAAACACAGCCAUGGGUUUAGCUUCUAUGGAGUCAUGUGGUCUCUUGGCUGGGACUACAUGAAAAACUACGCAUGGCGAGACAUCGGAAUAACGUCCUCUGAAAUGUUCGGUGCUGUGUCCGAUAUGAGCGAAUUGAUUAGGGGUUUGACUGAGUUGACUCGGAUGGAAUCGGAGGCAGAGCGGGUAGCGUGGGUGCGUCGGAACUAUGGUAGCGUGCUCACAGUUUCCAAGUCCCUCUUCAAUCGCUUACUCAGAGUUUUCAGUCGAUCGGGUCCAUUGAAGGAUGCAGUUGAGAUGAUACAAGCAGAAAUUGUGGAUGGUGGGUUGCUAAAGGAUUGCCUUGAAUUGGGUAGCAGUGAUUUAAAGGGUGUGAUUCAAAUACUAAAAGAUUUAGCUUUACAAUACUCUUCUACAACUGGGAAAACGGAGUUAUAUAUGUGGAAACUAUCAACAAUCAUUGCGUAA